CCAUGCAAAGCCAGAGACAGUCACUUCCCACAGCAUGUUGUGUUCCGUAGCUGAGGGUCAUGCUUUUCCCUCCAGGCACUCUCCUGAGGAGUUUCCACAACCAUUCCCAGCACAGCUCCGAUCCUGGGGGAGCAAUGAGCUCCUUCUAGCAAACCACUGUCACCUUUUGGCUGCUCUGGCUUUUGUGAUAGUGCAAGAGUAACUCUCAGAACAAGAAUUCAAAUUCCACAAUGAUUUCAGUGAUGAUGACUCCUCCUGUGCAGACAUCACUUUAAGCAUUGUGCCUACACAGACCUUAAUCCUCCAGUCACAGAGGACCAAUGUCCAGGUUACACAGUGGGCAGCAAAACAGGAAGGAAUCCUCAGGGCCUGUGCCUUAUCCCUGUGUAUAUCUGGGUCACAGCAUUGAUUGAGUAACCCCUGAUUAAAAGCACUCUCACUGAGGAGAGCUUGGAGCACAGCCAUGGACACGCCGUGUAACAGGCAGCACUUUGGGGAGGAGACAAAAACAUUAUAUAAAUGGAUACUUCACAACAGCAUCUUUAUUUUUCAAAGUAAUCUUUCUCUGGGAAAACUGCAAGUUCUGGAAAUGUGUGUAGCAAGGGAUGAUGAAAGCCUCCUUUGGUAAUGCCAUCCAUUUAAGCUGUAUAAACUGAAUAUUGUGUUGUCCUGUGCCCUGGCUGCUGCCCAUGCUGUACUUUAAAUUGGAGACUGCACUGCUCUGCAUCUGUGUAGCCAGAGUUAGCUCCAGGUUUUCAGGGGACAUGUAUGGCAUUAUCAAAGGAAAGAUAUACAAAGAGCUCUCUGAUAAUAUUUCCUAUAGUAAUGUGACUGUUCUCCCUUGGUCUCAGGUGAGCCCCCUCUUGCAUCCCCUCUCAAAGUGAAUUAUCCAGCCCAUGGGCAGGAGGGCUGAGGAGGAGCUGUGGCACUGAACACAAUCUGAAAUUAAAUCCCAGAUGAGGUGUUGGCCUCCACAGAGGGGAUGAUAAUGCAAGAUCACCGAACCCAACGGGGCUUGCAGAUCAAGAGGCACCGAGUGCUUUGUGCCUGCCCUUUGGGGAAGUCCAGGGUUUCUCCUGAUUCAUGUGGCAGGUGGCAUGCAGAGAGGCUUAAAUUCAGAGCCCAGCACAGACUACAAGGUGUGGGUAAGAGUCCUUCUGCAAGUGCCACUUGCCCCAGGGCACGGGGGACACCAGAGGAUACAGAAGUUGCUGUCUGACCCCAUCCCUACCACUUUUCUGGUACCACUGCUUCAUUCCCAGCCGAUUCCAGGAUGCAGUGGAAGAGCCACACUCCCAGGAAAAGCAGGGUUUGUAGUGUAUGGAUCAACUCCUCCAGGCUAUGGAGUCUGCCCAGAGAAGAGAGACCUAUCACCACGUGACAGCAAAGAAGAAACUCCUGCCACACACACAACACACAUGGCUCCCACCCCAAACCCAGCACCUGCCCAGCAGCACAGCAUGGCCAUACCAUGGCUCCCAGGAGAGGCUCCAAGGCUGCUGCAUGCUCCAGGUGUGACACCCAUACUUUGGUACAGGCUGGACAUACUCCAAUCCACACAUGAUCCAAGGACCAAUAGAUCCCUAGAAGGGUUUUCCCCUAGCUGGGGAUCACCCUCUGGAGCAGUGGGGUACCACUGCUGUGAAACACAGACACAUCUUGGUGAGGAAUCUGGCUGAGACAGACCAACCUUCUCUGCUCAAGUGUGCAGGACUGUUUGGGCAGAGCACACCAUCUGACCCCUCUGACUGCACCAGCCAGCAGGGCUGCCAAUGCUCAGGGGUGACUUGUGAGGCUGCUGCAGCUUAUCAGCAUGGCAGAGAGAUUUACCUCUGCUUCAUGUGCUGGCAGGAUAUUCAAGCCCAGAAGUUCAGCAGCGACCAUUUCCAGUAGGGUAUUUCUUUGACACUUUGCCCACUUAUCUGUGAUUACAGGCUUGUGCUGGUCUUCUUUUUGCUUGUUUGGUCCUUCACCCAUCCAGUGUGCCUGUGUUCUGAUGCUACCAACCAUUUAUUAUGGGACCAGGCACUCCUGUGCAUGUCCAGCACUGGCUGUGGUGCUGAGGGCUAUUUUACAGUACCAAGGGUAAGGAACAGCAGAAUCACACAGCUAGAAAUUAAAGACAUGCAACAGGAGGCAUUUAGUGAUGAAAACAAAAAGUCUGACUGGUCUUCCUCAACACACACUUUUUUUUAGGACCAUACUCAAUUUCACCAACUCUCUUAUCCAUAGGAAACAUUACUACCACUGCUGUUAUAAUCCAUAUCAAUUGCAGAGUAGGUCUCUAAUUCUCUGUAAGAGGCUGGCAAAGUGAAGUCCUGGCAGUGAUGAAGAAAGUAGCAAAAUCUCUACUUAUUCUCACAAAAUCACUGUUUCACUGACCCUCUGAACUAUACCACAUAUCUCCUAGCCUGCCUCUACCACCACCUAGGAAUCAUUUCAUGUGAAAAAUUGUGGCACAGGGCAGCCACAUAUACUGGAAUUGUAUUAUAUGGCCCAGAAAGGCCCAGAGUCUUGUGUUCACACUUGUGAACCAAAGGAGGAAAUGCAGAUUCCUCUCCAAGCUCCUUAGUAUGCUUGAAGUCCAUAUGCUCCUCAGCUUAAAGAUGUGUCCUAACGCUUCAUCAAUGGAAUUUCCCAGCAUUAUCUCUCUGUUCAUGUAUCAAUAUGUGUCCAGACAAUUUCUUUGGGCCACACAGCUGUUUUGUUAACAAAGCAAGAAGCUGAUAAGGCCGGCGGGAGAGGAGGGCAGUGCGCUGACCCUGGCCGAAAUGGCCAUUGCUCCUCGGGGAGAUAAGUGUCUCCCGCUCCAUGGGAGGGCUCUGGAGUGACCAAUGAGUGUGGACAGGCACCAAGGUCCGCUCUCCCCUUCCCCUUUAUAACCAGGGCUGCCGGGGUGGGGAGCCCAAACCUGCUCCGAGCGGUCACUGCGAGGGACAGAGCCAGCACCUCCCGCACGAUGACGCUGACCCAAGCCGAGAAAGCCGCCGUGGUCACCAUCUGGGCCAAGGUGGCCACCCAAGCCGAUGCCAUCGGGGCAGAAUCACUGGAGAGGCUUUUCUCCAGCUACCCCCAGACGAAAACCUACUUCCCUCACUUCGACCUCAGCCAAGGCUCGGCUCAGCUUCGUGGCCACGGCUCCAAGGUCAUGAACGCCGUGGGGGAAGCCGUGAAGCACGUUGAUGACAUUCGAGGAGCUUUGGCCAAGCUCAGCGAGCUGCACGCUUACGUCCUCCGCGUGGACCCCGUGAACUUCAAGCUGCUUUCCCACUGUAUCCUGUGCUCCGUGGCUGCCCGCUAUCCCAGUGACUUCACCCCAGAAGUUCAUGCUGCAUGGGACAAGUUCCUGUCCAGUGUUUCCUCUGUCCUGACUGAGAAGUACAGAUAAAUGGCCUCCACAGAGGGUGAGGGAGGCACAUCCCAGGCUCUGGGGAAUCACCCCUUCCUAGGCAGCCCUCUCAAAU